UCAAGAAUCCUCCAGAAAAAGUAAGUAUCCUCACAUGGCUUCUCCUUCUCUAUCUUUUACUAAGCCAAAAUGCUUCUUUCCAUCUUUGCCAGGAUGGAACCUCAGUCAAACCCCAAAUCUUAUCAUUUCCAAGAAACCCAUUUCACUGAAGCCAAGAACGUCACUAAAGUGCUCAUCAGUUUCAAGUUUGACCUCCAUCUCAGAUGAGGAAAUAGUCGUCGAGGAAGCUGAGAAGUUGGUCAUGGAGGAAGAGAAGUCGCUGCGAGAAAUUUGGCAGGAAAUUCAAGGCUGUAACGACUGGGAAGGACUCUUAGACCCCACGAAUCCUGUUCUUCGCAAGGAGAUCAUCCGGUACGGAGAAUUCGCUCAAGCCUGCUACGAUUCCUUCGACUUCGAUCCUCGUUCCAAGUAUUGCGGAACCUGUAAGUACCAAGGUGCCCAUUUCUUCCAAAAGCUUUACAUGACAAAUCUGGGCUAUCAAGUAAGCAGAUACGUCUAUGCAACCACGAACAUCAACCUUCCAAACUUCUUCCAGAAGGCCAAGAUUAGCAGCGUCUGGAGCCCCCACGCGAACUGGAUGGGCUACGUCGCCGUCGCCACUGACGAGCAAGAGAUUAAGCGUCUGGGGAGACGCGACAUCCUUGUUGCAUGGAGAGGCACUGUGACCUACCUCGAAUGGAUCCAUGAUCUGAAAGACAUUCUUCAUCCGGCUCGUUUCGGUGAUGACCCAUCAAUCAAGAUCGAAUCGGGCUUCUUUGACUUGUACACGAAGAAAGAACACAAGUGCAAUUACUGCUCAUUCUCAGCCCGAGAGCAAAUACUAGCUGAAAUUAAGCGUUUGGUUGAGAGAUACAAAGGAGAAGAGUUGAGUAUUACAAUCACAGGCCAUAGCCUUGGAGCUGCUUUAGCAUUACUAAGCGCUUAUGACAUUGCUGAGAUGAAACUCAACAUUGGAGACAGCGGGCACAUUCAGGCUAGAAUUCCGAUCACGGUGUUCUCCUUCGCCGGACCCCGAGUCGGAAAUCUGAAGUUCAAGGAGAGAUGCGACGAACUCGGUGUUAAGGUUCUUAGAGUGAUCAACGUGCACGAUAAGGUGCCUACUGUGCCAGGAGUCAUUGCAAAUGAGAAAUUUCAGUUUCAGAAAUACAUGGAAGAGGUGAUGUCGUUCCCUUGGAGUUAUGCACACGUGGGGUUGGAACUUGCUUUGGAUCAUACGCAUUCACCGUUUCUGAAGCCCACAUUCGAUCUGUUUUGUGCACACAAUCUCGAAGUUCAUCUGCAUCUCGUCGACGGCUAUCACGGCAAGGAACGACGCUUCUGCUUGGCAACCAAGAGAGACAUCGCUCUUGUUAACAAGAGCUGUGACUUCUUAAGGGUAGACUACGGCGUUCCGCCUUUUUGGCGGCAGGACGAGAACAAGGGGAUGGUAAGGACAACCGACGGUCGGUGGAUCUUACCGGAGAGACCCAGGAUGGAGGCUCAUCCGCCCGACACGGCCCACCACGUUGAACAAGUCCUCAAGGUUUUCAAGUCAUCGGCGGAGGCAUCUUUAAUUUGAUGUUAACAGCCAAAUAACUGCUUAUUUAUCACUACCUAGAAACUAGAAUGAGACGUCUCAUCUGAACUUCGUAGUAUUUAUCUUGUUCGUAUUAUCAAGAUAUGUAAUGGACCCCAACCAUGAAUUCCCAACAAAUCUCACCCUGGUUUGGUUUGAA